GAGGGGGGAGAUGCGCGGUUCCGCCCGCGGGCUGGGGCGUUCAGCAUCCCUGCGGACCCUGUCGCUCUCUGGGGGUUUAAUAUGAAAAAUUGGUGGGUUUUUUCAGUUUUUAAAAUUUUAUUUAUUUCUGUAUGUAUUUUGGAGCCUGAGGUUUUUAUCAGAGCCCUUCCUGGGGCCGGGCCCCUCGGUGGCGGUGGCUGUGCCACGGCUGACAAGCCACCAGGAGCCGGCGGCUGGAGAUAAGACUGGGACAAGGGCUGCGAACCCCCUCGGAGGCUGGGAGAUGGAAUUGUGGUGGGAAUGGCUUUAAGCUGAAAGAGAGCAGAUUUAGAUUGGAUGUCAGGAGGAAAUUCUUCCUUGUGAGAGUGGUGAGACCAGGCCCCGGGUUGCCCAUAGAAGCUGUGGCUGCCCCAUCCCUGGAAGUGUUCAAGGCUAGGUUGGAUGGGGCUUGGAGCAACUUGAGCUUAGUGGAAGGUGUCCCUUCCCUUGGCAGGAAUUGGAACUGGAUGGUAUUUAAGGUCCCUUAUAACCUAAACUUUUUAAGAAUUCUGUGAUUGUGUGUGGCACGUCUCAGUUGUUGGGUUGUGUGGCUGUGGCAUCCCUCAGCGCUGCUUCUCUGCCCUUCUCCAGGGCUCUGUGCCAUCAUCCAUUACCUUGUCCAUGGGCAGCUGGACUGGUUUGGGCUGACCAUGGCCUGUGUGGUGCCCGGCUAUGCCGCUCAGCUCCUCAGCAUCCUCUGGUUCCAGGCAGACGGACACCCACCCAGCUGCUGGCUCCUGGUGCUCCACCUCCUCCAGCUGGGCCUCUGGAAGCGGUACUGGGAUGUUUUGCGGAUGGCAGGAGGCAGUGCCAGUGCUGGGGAGGUGCUGACUCAGCUCGGGGACGUGUGUGUGCUGCAGCUCCUGGAAGCCCUGUUGCAGACCCUGCCUCACCUCCUGCUCCAGGCCUACGUUGUCGUGGCUGUUGACCCAGUGGGCUUCAUCCCUGGUGUCAGCGCAGGGCUGUCCCUGCUCUCCCUUGCCUGGGCUUUGGUCUCCUACAGCCACUUCACCCGCCUGCUGAAGCCUGGCCACCUCAGCCUGCCGGCCAUGGCCGUGCUCUGCCUGCUGCUCUGGAGGACAGGGAUGCUGGGGACCAGGGUCCUGGCCCUGGUGCUCUUUGCCAGGCUCUACUCCUUUUGGGUUUUCGCUGUGGCAGGUGCCCACUGGUUGCUCAUGUCCUUCUGGCUGGUGGCCCAGCAGACAGAUAUUGUGGCCCAGCCAUGCCGCUGGAGGUUGUUUAAUGGCCUGGUGGGAGCCGUGUACAUCUUCUGCUACAUCAAUGUCCGACCCGGUCCCUCCAAGACCAGGGUGUCUGUAUUUUAUGCAAUAAUGCUGAUGGAGAACACGCUCCUGUUGCUGUUGGCCACCCGGUUCCUGCAGGCAGAGCUGAGGAGCAGCCUGGGUGUGACUGGGGCUGUCAUGUCAGGGUCUGUAAUAGGUGCCACAGCUCUGGUGGUUUAUUACAGCCUGCUCCAUCCCAAGUCUGCAGAGAUCUGGCAGGGAUUCCUGGAGACAUCCUGCAGUGCUGCAGCAGCAGGUGAUGAUGAGGUCUCUGGAGAGAGCUCCCAAGCUGGGCAGAGCUCAGGAAUUUCGGGAGAUGAUGAGUCCUUGUCAGGGAAGGGACCAGCAGAUCCAAAAAAUGGGAACGGCUCAUCGCUCCUGCAAUCCAAAGGGUGUUUGGAGGACAGCUGGACAAACCAUCACCACUGGCUGCUGGUAAAGCUGGCCUUGAAGACGGGAGAUCUGUCCGUGAUCAACGCAGCCUUCGGAGAUGGUGGCGUGGGAGAGGUUUAUCCCGCAGGAUGGAUGACGGGGAAACCCACUGGAGUUGAGCCUGGGGCAAACUCUUCUCUCCCCAUGAGGGUCGUUGUUCCUCAGGAGGCUGAAUCUGCUCUGGCAGUGGAGAAUGGAGGAGGCAUCAAACCCGGCACUGCAGGAAUGGCCCAGGGGGAUGGAGCAGGGCAGGAGCCUGUUUAUCCCCCAUCCCUAUCCCAUCCCAGCAGCUUCUCCCCGGAUUCAACCGAGGACUCCUCUGUGUAUUUCAGUGCCAGUGCAGGAGGCGUCACCUCGCCCGGGACAGGGACAGGCACAGGCACGAGGAUGUGCACAGCCCUGGUGCAAAAGGACAGCGAGGCCCAGCCUUCUCCAGGGUGCCUGAGAGAAGGAGGAGGAGCAGUAGGAAGAGGAGGAGGAGGAGAGGAUUUAUCCCUUGGGAUGGCAAGCAUCAGCCCAAUCCUGGGCACUUGUGCCCACAAGCACCUGCAGAGAAGCUUUUCCCUUGGCAACACAGGCAGCUGUGGGGUGGCAGGUCCCCCCAAAGAGGGCUCAGAGGGGACAGAGGGUGCCCUCAUGGGGUGGCAUCACCUCUGGGACACCCACCCUUGUGGCAUGCAGGGCACUGUCAGGAGGAGCAAGCUGAGGUCGCCGUGCUUCACCUCCACCCCCAAGGCUGACCCUAAAUGCCCACUGCGAGGACUGGGGGAGCUGGGAGAGGGGACAGACCCAUCUGGGUUGCCAGAGUGACCCUUUAAAGGGCUGCACGGUCACCUUGGGGUGACUGUCUCAUCAAUAAGGCCUGGCAGGAGGUGGUGGAGUGAAAACUGUCCCAGUGAUGCCCCUGACAUUGGGCACAUGUGCUCCUCCAUCACCAGGACAUCACCUUCCCUCAUGGUGCAUCUUCUACUUGCAGUUUUGGAGAACUUCAAAGGUCUGAAAAAGCCCUAAAACUCCAGGACUAGUUAUUUAUUGACCUUAUUUAUGUCACAGUCCUGCCAGGCAGCCAGAGUGUGCUGCCUUUGGUAUAUUUGUGACAAUGACUUGAAGUGUGUCCUUUACCAAGUGCCUGUACAAGCUGCUGGCCUGUCCCAGUGGGGAGACCUGGCUGCUGUCUCCAGGCUGCAAUCUUGGCCAAAGCAGGUGUCUUCUCAGGACCAUUAAGUGCCUAAACUAGAAAAAUUAUGAGCUUUAUGUCCUUCCUUCUGGCCACAGUAAGCCCUCAAGUAAGGCUCAGCAGUGCCUGGUUUAUCUUUUCCCCACCAGGUUCAUCUUGAGACCUUCAUCAACUCCAUUUUUCGGGGCCACAGAUCCUCUUCAUGCUGUAGACCACAACCUCAGGACUCUGAAUUAUAGCCAAAAGCCAUGUGGUCAGCUGGAUUCACCAGCAAGCUCAGGGGUGCCAGCUGAGGCACAUCUGGCCAUGUCCUCCAGCUGUUGUCCCGCUGUGGGCAGGACUCCAGUGGUGCCACAGGGUAGGAAAGGCAGCAGGAAGGGCACAGGCAUGUGAUGAAUUAUUAAACAAAGCUUCCAUGAUGCAUUCACUGCUCAGGGCUGACCCAGCCAGAUGGUUCUCCUGGGCACUGAAAACCCAGUUGGUGCUGGUAAUGGAGUGAAGCCACAUUCCAUCGUGGUGAAGGCUCCCUGUCCCCAUCCAGAUCCCAGCCCUCCAUGCUGUGGCUGUGCUCUGCAGGGAGAAAUCAGUUCUAGUGGCUUUUCCAGAGUCCUCCUCACUGUGUGCAUCAAACAGAAGGCAGAAGUGCUGCUGGAGCAUUACAGGAAUUUUUAUCUAGUUUGUUUUUCUACCUUUGAUAAUAUAUAAUUAUGCUUAAAAAACCCAAACCAGCCUUUGCUGUGUCUGUGUCUCAUGCUGGGGGGGCACAUAAGCAAUGUGAAAUCAGAGCAAAUAAUAUGGAUUAACUGUCCUUAAAGGCUUCCAGC